UUCUUACUCGUUGAUCACAUUAGUCUCUCCCUGCUCUCUCGGUAAAGACAGUUUAGUUUUAUUUUUCAAUGGAACGAAAGUAUGAAGUUACUGUUUUUGGUGCAAGUGGAUAUACAGGGGUGUUUGUCGUCCGUGAACUUGCCAUUUAUCAUUCUGAAAUAAAGUGGUGUAUUGCAGGAAGGAAUGUCGAGAAAUUGAGGAACGUUUUAAAAGAAAUCGAGACGGAAAUAGGUAAAAAUUUGGAUUCAGUUGACAUUAUACAGGCUGAUACAGGAGAUGAAUCUUCGUUGGCACAUAUGUGUAGAAGUUCUGCUGUCAUAAUUAGCUGUGUUGGACCUUAUCGAUUUUAUGGAGAACCUGUAGUUAAACAAUGUGUACUAAAUGGAGCACACUAUGUCGAUAUUAGUGGAGAACCACAGUUUUUAGAAUCAAUGCAAUUGAAAUAUUUUGAGGAAGCUCAAAAGAAAAAUCUCUACAUAAUUGGAUCGUGUGGUUUCGACAGCAUACCUUCUGAUUUUGGUAUAGAGUAUGUGAGAAAGAAAUUUGAUGGUGAUAUUUUGUCAGUAGAGGCCUAUCUCACAGAAGAGAGAGAACCUGGAAGUACUAUAAAUUUUGCUACUUGGCAGUCAGCUAUCCAUGGUUUACAUCAUGCUAAUGAGUUAAUACCACUCAGGAAGUUAUUGAGAGAAAAACUAUUUUCCAAGAAAAUGCCAGAUCCUGAAUAUAGCUUGAAAAAAAGGUCUUAUCUCUUUAAAAGUGAUGAUGUUAAUGGGUGGUGCUUGCCUUUUAUCGGCAGUGAUAGAUCUGUUGUGUUAAGAACUCAGAUGUAUAACUUUCAGUUCAAAAAAGAAAAGCCAGUAAGUUCAAUUUUUUUUGUUGUUGCUAAAU